UGAGUGGCCGGAUCCACAGAGCACUGUCCAGCUGAGGGACUGGAUCCACAGAGCACUGUCCAGCUGAGGGACUGGAUCCACAGAGCACCGUCCAGCUGAGGGACCGUGGUGACACUGCCAGGCUGCUCUCAGAUGGCACAGGAGCACGUGCCAUUGUCCUCCACCUGUGGUUUUGAUCUCAGCAUGAUUAUCUCUGAUCAGAUGAGCUGGGCUUUAGAUCAGGCAGGUGUCCAUGCUGUUUCCAAGUCUGGAUGUACCUGCACUAAGCACAAACCACUUUGUCUGGAAGAGAAACCAAAUCCAAAUUCAGCUGCGUCCUGCUGUCACCUUGUGCAAGGAGCCUGGUUUGUGCAGGGAGCCUGGUUUCCAGGGUGGGAGAAAAAGACAUUCUCCAGGGUGGGAGAAUCAGCAUUUAAAUUCAGACCACGUGGACAGGAAGUAACUGCUGAUAGCAGCAGAUGAGUCUCUUUUUGGAGAUAGCUUCACAAUCAGGGUGCCUACAUCUACGACAACACAGGUCCCCUGUAAAUACUGUGUGGGGAAGGUAUUUUUAUAUAUAGAAAUAUAUAUAUAUAUUUGAACUUCUGCCUUAGCUGCCCUGGUGUCCUGCCAAGCUAAGUGAGCUGCUUGGAGAAGGGAACUCUCCUCUCUGUGUACUGUGUCAUAUGCAUGGUUCUGCUAAAAAUAUCCCUGAUCCAGAGAUUGGAAUGUCUUUUCCUCUUUUGUCUGAUGCCCUUUUAAUUAUUAAAUUAAUGUGGUAACUUUUCAUUCCGUUCUCACCAAUGCUCUGGCGUGGGGAGGAGCUGUCGAAGGGGUUUGGGGGGUGUUUUACUGAGCCCACGCCCACAGUGAACACUUCCACACCACAAAAACUCACGUGGGCUUCCCCCGGGGGGCGUACAAGGAGCGAGGGCGGGUGGAUCUGCUUCCUGCUGGGGCGGAGCAGAGCAGGAGCCCAUGGCUGGCACCGGGGAGCUGGAGCGGUGGCUCAACAAGGCCACUGACCCGAGUAUCCCUGAGGAAAACUGGGAAUGCAUCCAGCAGUUCUGUGACCAGGUGAACGCCGACACAGAGGGCCCAUUGCUUGCGCUGAGGCUGCUGGCACAUAAAAUCCAGUCCCCUCAGGAGAGGGAAGCUCUCCAUGCACUCACAGUGCUAGAGACCUGUGUGAACAACUGUGGUGACAGAUUUCACGGUGAAAUAGCAAAAUUCAGGUUUCUGAAUGAGCUGAUUAAAGUGCUUUCCCCAAAGUACUAUGGAACUUGGUCUUCACAAAAAGUCAAGUUGAGGGUCACAGAAGUGAUAUUCAGUUGGACAGUCUGGUUUCCUCAGGAAGUCAAAAUCCGGGAUGCUUAUCAGAUGCUGAAGAAACAAGGGAUUGUUAAAGAAGAUCCUAAACUACCAGAAGACAAAAUUUUACCCCCCCCUUCUCCAAGACCUCAGAAUUCUAUUUUUGACACAGAUGAAGAGAAAUCCAAGCUCCUGGCCAGGCUUCUGAAGAGCAGCCACCCCGAGGACCUGCAGGCAGCCAACCACCUGAUCCAGAGUGUGGUUAGAGAGGAACAAGAAAGGUCAGCUCAGGUGUCCCGACGAGUGAAGGCCAUCAGCGAGGUUUCUGAGAAUGUCAAACAAAUGGAUGAGUUACUGGAGAACUACAGGAGACAAGAAUUAUCCCCAGCUGACCAGGAGACCCUACAGACUCUGUUCCAGCGCUGCGAGAAGCUCAGGCCGCUGCUGUUCCGCCUGGCCAGCGAGGCGGUGGCUGACGAUGAGGUUCUGGCUGAGAUCCUGCAGGCCAGUGACGAGCUCACGCGGGCGCUCGGGCAGUGCAGGCAGGCUGUGUCCCUCGGGCAGUGCAGGCAGGCUGUGUCCCUCGGGCAGUGCAG